AUGGAACAAGGAAAUGAUACUCAGCUUUCAGAAUUCUUUCUUCUGGGAUUUUCAGAGAAUCAACCUCAGAUUCAGCCUCUUAUAUUUGGACUUUUCCUCUCCAUGUACCUAGUGACUGUUUUUGGCAACCUACUCAUCAUCAUGGCCAUCACUGUAGACUCCCACCUUCAUACACCCAUGUACAUCUUCCUCUCCAAUCUGUCCUUUGUGGACAUCUGCUUCACCUCCACCACUGUCCCCCAGAUGCUGGUAAAUAUCCAGACACAGAGCAAAGUUAUCGUCUAUGUGAACUGCAUCACUCAGGUGUACUUCUUACUACUUUUUUCAGUACUGGACAUCUUUUUGCUGACUGUGAUGGCCUAUGACCGCUAUGUGGCCAUCUGUCACCCCCUGCAUUACAUGAUCAUCAUGAACACAAGACGCUGUGGAUUGCUGAUUCUAGCAUGCUGGAUCAUAAGUGUUCUGAAUUCCUUGUUACAUAGCUUUUUGGUUCUGCGGUUGUCAUUCUGCACAGACCUGAACAUCCCUCACUUUUACUGUGAACUCAAUCAGGUGGUACACCAUGCCUGUUCUGACACCUCUCUUAAUGACAUGGUGAUUUAUAUUGCAGCCAUGUUACUGGCUGUGGGUCCCCUCUCUGGCAUCCUCUACUCUUACUCCAAGAUAGUGUCCUCCAUACGUGCAAUCUCCUCGGCUCAGGGGAAGUACAAAGCAUUUUCCACAUGUGCGUCUCACCUCUCUGUUGUCUCUUUAUUUUAUUGCACCCUCCUGGGAGUGUACCUCAGUUCUGCUAUGACCCAGAACCCACGUGCCACUGCAAUGGCUUCAUUGAUGUACACUGUGGUCACCCCUAUGCUGAACCCCUUCAUUUAUAGUCUGAGGAACAAUGACAUGAAGAAGGCUCUGAAAAUACUUUUAGGGAGGGUGACUAGAAACAGACCAAUGGACUUACCUUCAUAG